CAGUGUCAUUAAUUUCCCUUUCGACGACCUACAAGUUUGUAAAGGUCGAUCCUUUUGAUUUAAAAUUUAAUAAUUUAUAAACCGUCCCUAUUAUUUGGACGGCUUUUUUAUAAUCAGAAAAUGCUGCGAACGAUUUUAGUACGAAACCAAGUUUUGAACGAUAGCUUAAAGAAAGCUAUACGGAGUAAUAUAACGAGAUGUAUAAGUACAGAGUUAGCUCGAAGAAAACAGCCAAAUAAAUUACACACCUCAACCCAAACAAACAUAGCUGCACCGCAAUGGAUCAUCCAGAUAAGACACUACUCAAGUCUCCCGUCACACUCAAAAGUCAAUCUCCCUGCACUGUCUCCCACUAUGGAAAGUGGUUCUAUAGUCAGCUGGGAGAAAAAGGAGGGUGAUAAAUUAAGUGAAGGUGAUCUACUAUGUGAAAUUGAAACUGAUAAAGCUACAAUGGGAUUUGAAACUCCUGAAGAGGGUUAUUUAGCAAAAAUCCUCAUUCCUGCUGGCACAAAGGGAGUGCCAGUUGGGAAACUUCUUUGCAUCAUUGUUGAGAAUCAGGCUGAUGUCGCCGCAUUCAAAGAUUUCAAGGAUGACUCCACAGGAGUUCCAGUACGACCAGCUGAGAAAAAAGAGAAACCAUCAGCCGCUGCAGCGCCCGCACCAGCAGCGCCGGCUCCAGCGGCAGCGGCACCAGCGGCAGCAAGGCCCGCAGUGGCAGCAGUGGCUACGGCACCCGCUGCUGCCGCUGAGCAGCACGGCAGGAUAUACGCCAGCCCGAUGGCUAAACGGCUGGCCGAACUCAAGAAUAUUAGACUUGGUGGGCAGGGUUCAGGACUGUAUGGGUCACUAAAGAGUGGUGAUCUCGCAGCGGCCGCGGCAGCACCCAGUCCGCUCCCCCCGCCGCCCGCGCCCGCCCCCGGCGCCACUUUCACGGACAUACCGCUCAGUGGUAUGAGGGAGACCAUCGCCAAACGACUGUCGGCUGCCAAGCAGACCAUCCCUCAUUACCAGCUGUGUGCGACGGUUAACAUAGAGAAGAUGUUGGCUAUGAGGAAGGAGGUCAAUGACCGGCUUACCGCAGAGAAGUCUAAUGUUAAGGUAUCUGUGAACGACUUCAUCCUGAAGGCAGUGGCGGCGGCAUGCAAACGAGUGCCGACGGUCAAUUCGCAUUGGAUGGAUACGUUUAUUAGACAGUACUCGAACGUGGACGUGAGCGUGGCGGUGGCGACGCCGGCGGGGCUCAUCACGCCGAUCAUAUUCAACGCGGACUCGCGCGGCAUCCUCGACAUCUCCGCCAACAUGAAGGAGCUCGCCAACAAGGCCAAGGAGGGCCGCCUGCAGCCGCAAGAGUACCAGGGCGGCACCGUCACUGUGUCCAACUUGGGCAUGUUCGGCAUCACGAUGUUCAACGCGAUCAUAAACCCGCCACAGUCUCUGAUCCUGGCGUGCGGAGGCCUACAAGACAUCGUCAUACCAGACAAAAAUGAACCACAAGGAUUCCGAUUGGCGAAGUUCGUAACGUUCACGGCAUCAGCGGACCACCGCGUCAUCGACGGCGCGGUCGGCGCGCAGUGGAUGAAGGUGCUGAAGGAGAACCUCGAGAACCCCGCCAACAUCAUACUGUAAACUCCUUCUACAACUUAUUUAUUUAUACUAUUUACAUACUACGAAAGAGGAAAUAAGUAUGAAAUCACUUGUAUUAAGUAGGUAUAGUGCGACACAAAAUAGUAGAUGUUAAUAAAAAUGGAACUGUGUGGCAACACUCCAUUUACUGUCAUUAUCAGAAAGAUCUGUCAUUAUAGAGCAACCAAUCAUUAUUGAUAGUUUUAUCAGAUUACUAAAAUCAUGGAAUAAUCAAUCCCGACUAGUUUCGAACACAUACGGUGCUCUUAAUCAUGAGCUGGUUCUUGCAAUGCGAGUUUUAGCCGUGUUUCAUAAUCAAUAAAUACGUCCUCAUUUAUUUUCUACUCUUUUGUGUCGCACUAUAGCCAUUUAUCCCUUACCUAAUGUCGUAUCUAUCCUUUUUAAAGUGGGGAAAGUGGUAUCUUCUGUCUCGGUGAAAGUAAGCGGAUUAUAUCGAACUCCUAGUCUGUUACCGACUAAGGACAACUCACCCUUUAUAGUUUAGAUUAAGCUAUGGAAAUGGUUGACCGACUCUAGAAUAGUUAGACUAAGCUAUGGGAAUGGUUGACCGACCCUAGAAUAGUUAGACUAAGCUAUGGGAAUGGUUGACCGACCCUAGAAUAGUUAGACUAGGCCAUGGGAAUGGUUGACCGACCCUAGAAUAGUUAGACUAAGCUAUUGGAAUGGUUGACCGACCCUAGAAUAGUUAGACUAGGCCAUGGGAAUGGUUGACCGACCCUAGAAUAGUUAGACUAAGCUAUGGGAAUGGUUGACCGACCCUAGAAUAGUUAGACAAGCUAUGGGACUAGUUGACCGACCCUAGAAUAGUUAAGGCUAAGCUAUGGGAAUGGCUGACCGACCCUAGAAUAAGUUUUUUGCUUUUUUAAAGGGGAAAGAGAAAACUGGUUUACUUUUAAGACAUUGAACAAACGUUUUACAGAAUUUCUCGGAUUAUACAUAUAAUACAGAGAGAUACCCAUAAAGUCCAAUUAAAAAAAAAUACUCUUUAUUUUUGUAAUAUUUUUAAUACUCGUAAUACUUUUUUUGUAAUACCUUUUAAUCGGUAAAUUCCAGAUCAAAAUGGUAAGAUUCUAAAUAAUAUUAUAUAGAAUCUUAACAUUGAAUAGGCUCGGAAAGUACUGGACCAAUUUGAAAAAUGUAAACUUACUCGUACUUUAGAGGGUACUAGAUUAGACAGGGGCCAGAAAACAGGGGUAGGAAAGAAAGAAACAAAGAAAAAAAACUCACUCACAAAAGUGACACAUAAAUUAUUAUUAUGAGUCCUUUAUAUUUCCUAUUUCGUAGUCACAUUACAUUCUAAUUAGCUAAAUGAACUGUUUGCUAAGGGUAAUCGUACACUGUAAUAUAAAUUGUUAAACCAUAGCGCAAGUUAAACCGGGAUUUAGUAGGCUGUGGAUAGAGCCUAUAAAACCUUUUUAAUAUUUUUUUUUACAGUUAAUAACAAUUAAAAUGAUAUUUUACAGCGCUUUGGUACUAAAAUUACGCAAAAUCAAUUAAAACGAAACACAAUACUUGCCAUAUCCUUUGAUUCCAUUAUUAUUUUUUUUUCAGAAAAUAGCAUAAACCUGCAUAUAAAUAUUAUAGAUUUUUUACACUACUUACAUAGAUACUUACAUAAGGAUAUUGUUCACAUUUUUUUAUAUAGACGUUAUAUCGAAGGAUAUGCGGUAAAACUAAGGGAUUUUUUAUUAUAUUUAAGCAAUUCAAUCAAAGAGUUCUAAUACCAUCAUUAUAUAUUCAUAAAUAUCAAUUAAUAUCAUCAAAAAAAAUACCUCGAAACCUAAAUAUUAGGUAAUUGUGUUUGAUGUUCUUGAUAUUUGUAUAGGAGAUACAAAAUUGUGAAGAACGUGGUUAUUUUUUUUUUAAGAUUAAGGGCGGUUUACACACUGCAUUAUACGUGAAUCCUUGAAAAUACGGUUACAAAAAGCUUGGAUCGAAUUAGGAUAUUUGUAGCAAAAGCCUGCUACAGUUAGACUUACCACAUUUUAUAAAGGGUGAAAGUUUCGUAGACUCAUAUAAAAUUUAAUAUAAACAAUAUUAAUACUAUAAGUACUUGGAAUAAGGGUCCGAAAUAUACCAAUAUUAAUAAAAAAACUAUCAAAGAUUUCUAGAAACUCAAGUUCAAAAUUGAGUAUAGUCUAUUUUUCUAUGUAAAUUUGUAACGUAUUUUUACUGAUUCGGAUCUUAUGCAGUGCGUAAACGCCCUAAAUGUAUAACUAAUCGUACUGCCAAGUAAGUAACCCUCAAAGUUUGAUAUUAUGUUUAAGGGAAAGUUUUGUUGUUAUCAUCAUGGGGAACGUGAAAACUGUAUUACAACUUGAAACUAUCCCUAAUAUAGUACGCGUCAAAUAUGUAGUCCGGUCUGAAGUUGCAAUAUUAAGUUAUGCAGGUAACUGCCUCGCUGAGAAAUGUUUUUGUACAAAGUCUGAUUUAGAACGGAAAAAACUGAUUGAAAUAAAAAUGUAUAAUUUACUGAUCAUAGAUACUAACUGUUUAAAUUGAUUUAGUCAGAACUUAAUUACCUAUAGAACUUACAACACAUCUGGAUUUAACGGAUUUAAAAACGACAUUUAACUUUCCCUUAUGCCCAUUAGAAAGGUAAUUUCUACGUAUGUAAAAAUCAUCAUAACUUAUUGCAUUUUUUUUGUAGUUUUGUUUAUUAUUUAUAUUUUGGAGUAGAGAUCUAUUUGUAUUCAUUAUUAUUUUAUUGCUUAUAUUAUUGAUUGAUAGUGUAAAACUUUGAGAAUCGCUGGCUAUAUAUUAUAGUGAUGUAAAUAAUCGAGUUGUUACCACCUUUAUUGUUUGAUUAAAAUGGUGAUAGACAUUCUAUGAACGUUAGUGAAUAUAUAUUAUUUAUAAAUAA